AUGCGAAAAAAUACAAGAUUAUCAACAGAUUCAGAAAGAAAAAGAAUUGCCUCGAAUCUAUCAAUAAAAUCAAUUAAUUCUACAACAAUUAAUACAACAACUGAUGCUACUCUUCCUCGUUUAGAAUCAAAUUACUUUAUAAAAAAUAGAGUUAAAAGAAGUACUCAUUAAUUAAGAUUUAAACGAUCAUCUAUUAAAAUGUCAUAACCUAAUAAUAUGCUUGAACUGCAAUCUAUUAAAUAAUCAACUAAAAUUUUGCUUAAUUCAGUUGUCUUUGAACUUGAUAAAUUAGCAAUUGCAUCAAAACAUAAUGUAACAAGAGCUCAAGAUAUUCUUAACCUUUCUAUAGAUCUAAUGAAUAUGUUAGGAUCUGAUUAUGAUCGUUUAGAAAUCUAUUUAAUAGUUCUUUAAAACAAAUGCAAAACACAGUGUGUUUCUUUAGGAUUGUUAUUUACUUUUCUUAUAGCAAUAAUUCAAGAAACUUAUGGACAUACAAAAGCAGCUUUAUAAUAAUAUAAAUAUAUGAAUGAUACAGCAAAUAAGCAUCAACUAUUUUAAUGUAAAAUGAUGGUGUAUUAUAGAAUUGGAUUAUUAUUAAAUAGAUUGAAGCAAUUCGAUAAAUUAUUAACAAUAGGCAAGAAAUUAUUAAAGUUAAGUUGGUAUUAUUAAGAUGAAGAAUAUGAAUUAAAAGCAUAUCAUCUUAUUUCAAAGGGAUAUAAUGGAAUUCAAGAUAUGGAAAUGUCUGUAAUAUUUAUGAAUAGAUACUUAGAUGGAGUAGUAUAAUAGAAUGAUCAUAUAAAAAAUAUAGGUAUAUAAUAAAUUGCAUUGUAUCACAGAAGAACUUAGGAAUCAAGACAUAAGAGUCCAUCAUCUGAUGAUUUUAAUUUGGAAAUGUAUAGAUAAAAGAUUGAAAGAAAUUACAUUAAAAUGAAGAUGAUUGGAGGUAAGUUGUCAUUUAAAUUGUAAUCAUCUGAAUGUGAUAUUUGUGCUCAAUAUGGUAAGAACUGUGAGAGAAUCUAAACUGAAGAUGAACAUCCAUAUAAAAAGAAUUUGAUAUUGCAUACUGAUAGUAGGAAUAGAGAUUUAAUUGGAUAUUUUGAUUCAGAAUAAAUCUAAUAAAUGUACAUUCCGUCUAAAACACUGCCCAUUCUAAAAUAAUUAAUAUUAAAAUUCAUUACAUAUAUAUGAA